AACCAGGAAAUGUUUCUGUUCAGUGAAAUCGAAACUUAAACUCAAGCUGCUGUCGAACCGUUGUCGAUGUCUCUCUAUCUGUGCAAUAAAAUGGCAGAAUCCAGUAUUUCAGUGGCUCAGGAUCAGUUCAGCUGUUCAAUCUGUCUGGAUCUACUGAAGGAUCCAGUGACCAUUCCCUGUGGACACAGUUACUGUAUGAACUGUAUUACAGGCUGCUGGGAUCAGGAUGAUCAGAAGAGAGUCUACAGCUGUCCUCAGUGCAGACAGACCUUCACUCCAAGACCUGUUUUAGGUAAAAACACCAUACUGGCUGAAGUGGUGGAGAAACUCAAGAAGACAAAACUACAAGCUGCUCGUCCUGUUCAAUGUUACACUGGAUCUGGAGAUGUGGAGUGUGAUGUCUGUACUGGAGACAAAAACAAAGCCAUCAAGUCCUGUCUGGUGUGUCUGUACUCUUACUGUCAGACUCAUUUUGAACAACAUGAGAAUCUCUUCAGGGAUAAGAGACACAAUCUGAUGGACGCCACUGGACGACUGCAGGAGAUGAUCUGCCCUCAACAUGAGAAACUGCUGGAGAUUUUCUGUCGAACUGAUCAGAACUGUAUAUGUUAUCUGUGUAUGGUGGAUGAACACAAAAACCACGACACUGUAUCAGCUGCAGCAGAGAGGACUGAGAAACAGAGACAGUUGGAGGAAACCCAGAGAAAAUACCAGCAGAGAAUCCAAGUGAGACAAAAGGAGCUUGAGGAUCUGAGAGAGGCUGUGGAGUCUCACAAGCGCUCUGCACAGGCAGCAGUGGAGGACAGUGAGAGGAUCUUUACUGAGCUGAUCCACUCCAUUGAGAGAAGCCGCUCUGAGGUGACACAGCUGAUCAGAGACCAGGAAAAGACUGCAGUGAGUCGAGCUGAAGAAAUACUGGAGCAACUGGAGCAGGAGAUUGAGGAUCUGAGGAGGAGAGAUGCUGAACUGGAGCAGUUUUCACACACAGACCAUCAUAUCCAUUUCCUCCAGAGUUUCCAGUCUCUCUCUUUCCCUCCUGGAUCUACAGACUCAUCCAGCAUCACUGUCAGUUCUCUUCUCUCUUUUGAUGAUGUUGGUAAAUCUGUGUCUCAUCUGAGAGAGAAACUGGAGCAUUUCUGCAGAGAGGAGAUAGAAAACAUAUCUGGCAGAGUGAGAAGCAUUAACAUCAUUCCCACCCCUGAACCCAAGACCCAUGAGGAGUUCCUCCAGUAUUCCUGUCAACUCACUUUGGAUCCAAACACAGCAAAUAAACACCUGGUACUGUCUGAAGGGAACAGAGUGAUUAAAUACACUUGUAAAGAACAGCCGUAUCCUGAUCAUCCAGACAGAUUUGAUUAUUAUGAGCAGGUGUUGUGUAGAGAGAGUGUGUGUGGACGCUGUUACUGGGAGGUUGAGCGGAGUGGUGAGGUGAGUAUAUCAGUGUCAUAUAAGAGCAUCAGCAGGAAGGGAGGGGGAAAUGAGUGUAGAUUUGGAUUUAAUGAUCAGUCCUGGAGGUUGUACUGCUAUGACUCCAUUUGUUCAUUCUGGCAUAAUAACAAACAGACUUCACUCCCUGUAGUCUCCAGCUCCUGUAGAAUAGGAGUGUAUGUGGAUCACAGUGCAGGAACUCUGUCCUUCUACAGCGUCUCUGACACAAUGACCCUCAUUCACAGAGUCCACACCACAUUCACUCAGCCUCUCUAUCCUGGGUUUAGAGUUUUUGGAUCAGUGAAACUGUAUGAGGUAAUAAAAUUAUUCUAUGACUGGAGGUUCUUGUGCAGACGUUUUAAAACCAGGAAAUGUUUCUGUUCAGUGAAAUCGAAACUUAAGCUCAAGCUGCUGUCGAUAUCACUCUGUCUGUGCAAUAAAAUGGCAGAAUCCAGUGUGUCUUUGGCUCAGGAUCAGUUCAGCUGUUCAAUUUGUCUGGAUCUACUGAAGAAUCCAGUGGCCAUUCCCUGUGGACACAGUUACUGUAUGAGCUGUAUUACAGAUUGCUGGGAUCAGGAUGAUCAGAAGGGAGUCUACAGCUGUCCUCAGUGCAGACAGACCUUCACUCCAAGACCUGUUUUAGGUAAAAACACUAUGCUGGCUGAAGUGGUGAAGAAACUCAAGAAGGCAAAACUACAGUCUGCUCGUCCUGUUCAAUGUUAUGCUGAACAUGGAGAUGUGGAGUGUGACAUCUGUACUGGGGACAAAAACAAAGCCAUCACGUCCUGUCUGAUGUGUCUGAACUCUUACUGUCAAAAACAUCUGGAACAACAUGAGACUUUCUUCAAAAGUAAAAAACACAAUCUAAUGGAUGCCACUGGAAAGCUGCAGGAGAUGAUCUGCCCUCAACAUGAGAAACUACUGGAGAUUUACUGUCAAACUGAUCAACACUGUAUAUGUUAUCUGUGUACAAUGGAUGAACACAAAAACCAUGACGUGAUAUCAGCUGCAGCAGAGAGGACUGAGAAACAGAGACAAUUGGGUAAGAUGCAAAGAAAAUACCAGCAGGGAAUCCAGAAGAAAAUGAAGGACAUUCAGAAGCUGAGAAAGGUUAUGGAGUCUCACAAGCGCUCUGCACAGGCAGCAGUGGAGGACAGUGAGAGGAUCUUUACUGAGCUGAUCCACUCCAUUGAGAGAAGCCGCACUGAGGUGACACAGCUGAUCAGAGAUCAGGAAAAGACUGCAGUGAGUCGAGCUGAAGGACUCUUGAAGAGACUGGAGCAGGAGAUUGAUGAUCUGAGGAGGAGAGAUGCUGAACUGGAGCAGCUUUCACACACAGACCAUCACAUUCAUUUCCUCCAGAGUUUCCGGUCUCUCUCUGUUCCUCCUGGAUCUACAGACUCAUCCAGCAUCACUGUCAGUUCUCGUCUCUCUUUUGAUGAUGUUGGUAAAUCUGUGUCUCAACUGAGAGAGAAACUGGUGCAUUUCUGCAGAGAGGAGAUAGAAAAGAUAUCUGGUAGAGUGAGAAUCAUUAACAUCAUUCCCACUCCUGAACCCAAGACCCAUGAGGAGUUCCUCCAGUAUUUACAUCAACUCACUUUGGAUCCAAACACGGUGAAUAAAAACCUGGUACUGUCUGAAGGGAACAGAGUGAUUAAAUACACUGACACAGUCCAGCGGUAUCCUGAUCAUCCAGACAGAUUUGAUUAUUAUGAGCAGGUGUUGUGUAGAGAGAGUGUGUGUGGACGCUGUUACUGGGAGGUUGAGUGGAGUGGUGAGGUGGAAAUAUCAGUGUCAUAUAAGAGCAUCAGCAGGAAGGGACGAGGAGAUGAAUGUGCAUUUGGAUAUUAUAAUCAGUCCUGGAGUUUGUCCUGCUCUGAAACCAGUUGCUCAUUUUGGCACAAUAACAAACAGGCUAAACUUCCUGUAGUCUCCAGCUCCUGUAGAAUAGGAGUGUAUGUGGAUCACAGUGCAGGAAGUCUGUCCUUCUACAGAGUCUCUGACACAAUGACCCUCAUUCACAGAGUCCACACCACAUUCACUCAGCCUCUCUAUCCUGGGUUUAGAGCUACUACAUGCUGGACAGGACAGGGCUCAAAAAUGACACUCUGUGAUCUAACAAUAAAUAAAAUGGCAGAAUCCAGUGUUUCUUUGGCUCAGGAUCAGUUCAACUGUUCAAUCUGUCUGGAUCUACUAAAGAAUCCAGUGGCCAUUCCCUGUGGACACAGUUACUGUAUGAACUGUAUUACAGACUGCUGGGAUCAGGAUGAUCAGAAGAGAGUCUACAGCUGUCCUCAGUGCAGACAGACCUUCACUCCAAGACCUGUUUUAGGUAAAAACACCAUGCUGGCUGAAGUGGUGGAGAAACUCAAGAAGGCAAAACUACAAGCUGCUCGUCCUGCUCAAUGUUACACUGAAUCUGGAGAUGUGGAGUGUGACAUCUGUACUGGGGACAAAAACAAAGCCAUCAAGUCCUGUCUGGUGUGUCUGUACUCUUACUGUCAGACCCAUUUUGAACGUCAUGAAGAAUUUCACCCAGGAAAGCGACAUAAAGUGAUGGACGCCACUAGAAGACUUCAGGAGAUGAUCUGCCCUCAACAUGAAAAACUGAUGGAGAUUUACUGUCGUACUGAUCAGAACUGUAUAUGUUAUCUGUGUAUGGUGGAUGAACACAAAAACCACGACACUGUAUCAGCUGCAGCAGAGAGGACUGAGAAACAGAGACAGUUGGAGGAAACCCAGAGAAAAUACCAGCAGAGAAUCCAGGAGAAACUGAAGGAGCUUGAGGAUCUGAGAGAGGCUGUGGAGUCUCACAAGCGCUCUGCACGGGCAGCAGUGGAGGACAGUGAGAGGAUCUUUACUGAGCUGAUCUGCUCCAUUGAGAGAAGCCGCUCUGAGGUGACACAGCUGAUCAGAGAUCAGGAAAAGGAUGCAGUGAGUCGAGCUGAAGAACAACUGGAGCAACUGGAGCAGGAGAUUGAGGAUCUGAGGAGGAGAGAUGCUGAGCUGGAGCAGCUUUCACACACAGAUGAUCACAUCCAUUUCCUCCAGAGUUUCCGGUCUCUCUCUGUUCCUCCUGGAUCUACAGACUCAUCCAGCAUCACUAUCAGUUCUCGUCUCUCUUUUGAUGAUGCUGGUAAAUCUGUGUCUCAACUGAGAGAGAAACUGGAGCAUUUCUGCAGAGAGGAGAUAGAAAAGAUAUCUGGCAGAGUGAGAAGCAUUAACAUCAUUCCCACCCCUGAACCCAAGACCCAUGAGGAGUUCCUCCAAUAUUCAUGUCGACUCACUUUGGAUCCAAACACAGUGAAUAAAAGCCUGGUACUGUCUGAAGGGAACAGAGUGAUUAAAAACACUGGCACAGUUCAGCCAUAUCCUGAUCAUCCAGACAGAUUUGUUGAUUGGUAUCAGGGGUUGUGUAGAGAGAGUGUGUGUGGACGCUGUUACUGGGAGGUUGAGUGGAGUGGUGAGGUGGAUAUAUCAGUGUCAUAUAAGAGCAGCAGCAGGAAGUGUAGAUUUGGAAGUAAUGAUCAGUCCUGGAGGUUAUACUGCUGUUCCUCCAGUUGUUCAUUCUGGCACAAUAACAAACAGACUUUACUCCCUGUAGUCUCCAGCUCCUGUAGAAUAGGAGUGUAUGUGGAUCACAGUGCAGGAACUCUGUCCUUCUACAGCGUCUCUGACACAAUGACCCUCAUUCACAGAGUCCACACCACAUUCACUCAGCCUCUCUAUCCUGGGUUUAGAGUUAUUGGAUCAGUGAAACUGUGUGAGGUAUUAAAAUAGAGGAUACAUACAGUGGAUUGUGUAAAUAAUAUUGACAAACAGCUUUGAGCAAUAUAUCAUACUACAGUUACACACACAACAGGUACAUACACAAACUUAUGUUAUUACAAAAAAAACAAAAAAAUAUUUAAUCAGAUCCAUUAAAUAACGUUAUAAUAGCUAACUAAUGUUAUCAUAUGUGUAACAGACACUGUAAAAUAAAACGUUUUCAGUGUU